AGCCCUUUAUUUUUUUUAGAAAUUAAUCAGUUCUAUAGCAAGACGGGCAAAUUUCCAUUUUCAGAUCGAUCCAGCCUAUCCGACAGGAAGAAUUAAUGGCAGGGGGAGGAAACAGACGAGGACGAGGACGAGGACGAGGACGUCCGCCACUGCCCGAAGGAGAAAGGAAGAGGAGGAAAAAUGCACAUGAUAGGGAAAGUCGCGCAACUAUAAAGUUGGAAUGCGAAGUUUACAAGGCCUUCUGUGAGAUGCCCGUAAUUAUUGACAUGUUCAAACCCUUUAGUGAAGAUUACAUGAGGCGAAUAAAUGAAGAGAGUUUAGAUUUAGAGAUAGGUGUAAUUGAUGAGGGUAUUGAAGAUCAAGAGACGAAGGAAAAAUUAAAGAAGAUUGAUGAAGAUUUGAUGUUUUUUGAAGAGUGGGAGGAUUAUGGACCGAACCAUUUCCCAGAAGAGGAUCUUCAACUGCUUGGACAUUGUUUUCUUGAGAGGGGUGAGUCCAGCGGAACCGCACCUCCGGGAGAUCAUAGUGUUGCCAACAUGGCUGCCAAUACUUCUCAACUUCAGAUUGCAAAUAUCGGAACUAACAAUGUGGAACAAGAGGACAAUUUUGCUAAUCUGGAGAAUGAAGCUGCAGAGGCUGACAACCAAGGAAUGGACGCGCUGCUGCCACCUCUGGAUCUUGGCAUCCUUGAUUCCUCCCCUUUUAAAUCUUAAUAAUGGUUUUGGAUGCCUUUAUUCUUCCUUAAUUUGAACAAUUUAAUUGCCUCAGCGAGGGUUUAUAGCCCACAAAACUGAUAAAGUUUAUGUACAUAUUCCUUUUGUUUAUCCAUAGGAUACGCCGAUGUUAGACUUUCGGUGCUGAUGGGAGCAUCUUUCAUUUGAUGUUUGACCUGUUGAUGCCUUUUUUUUUUAUUUUUUUGGCUCGAAUAGGAUCAGAAUGAGAACACUAUACUAAAAGCUGAGUAAAUUUUUAAUUUUAGU